AUGGUUGACCCUGUCGAAGGCUUUGCUAAAGUCGAGAACCACAUCGUGGGGGCGGUGGUUUUGGCGGCAGUAUUGACUCUUGCUGCUGCCGCCAACACACAGACUCAAGGCGACGGUGGUGACUCUGAGACGACGGAAUCAAUGCCAAAUGGUAACAAAUAUCCCUCCUUACCCGACGGCAUCAGCAACACAUAUCCGGACCUACUAAAACCAUCCUCACUAGAGACCGGUUACCCGCAAAUACCGGAAGGAGAAAUGCCAUCAUUUACUGACCCCACAUCCUCUGAGAUAACGGGCACUCAGUUACCAGCUCCAGGAACUUCUAAACACCCAGAAUUACCAGGCGUCAAUUACCGUAAAUUCCCGAAAAUGAGUGAAGCAACGAUUCCAAAAAUUCCUGUUCCAACAUAUCGAGAAUUAGGCAAACCAAAUAUUACAGGAAUUCCUAUUCCCAAAUAUCCGGAAUUGCCAGAUGUGAAUAUUCCUACUAUUCCAAGUCACGAAUUCCCCAAAAUGAGUAGAGCAAAGAUUCCAAAAAUUCCUGUUCCAACAAAUCCAGAAUUACCCAAAGCAAAUAUUCCAGGAAUUCCUGUUUCCAAAUAUCCGGAAUUGCCAGAUGUGAAUAUUCCUACUAUUCCAAGUCACGAAUUCCCCAAAAUGAGUAGAGCAAAGAUUCCAAAAAUUCCUGUUCCAACAUAUCGAGAAUUACCCAAAGCAAAUAUUCCAGGAAUUCCUAUUCCCAAAUAUCCGCAAUUACCAGAUGUGAAUAUUCCUACUAUUCCAAGUCCCGAAUUCCUCAAAAUGAGUGAAGCAACGAUUCCAAAAAUUCCUGUUCCAACAUAUCCAGAAUUACCCAAAGCAAAUAUUCCAGGAAUUCCUGUUCCCAAAUAUCCGGAAUUGCCAGAUGUGAAUAUUCCUACUAUUCCAAGUCCCGAAUUCCCCAAAAUGAGUGAAGCAACGAUUCCAAAAAUUCCUGUUCCAACAUAUCCAGAAUUACCCAAAGCAAAUAUUCCAGGAAUUCCUGUUCCCAAAUAUCCGGAAUUGCCAGAUGUGAAUAUUCCUACUAUUCCAAGUCCUGAAUUCCCCAAAAUGAGUAGAGCAAAGAUUCCAAAAAUUCCUGUUCAACAUAUCCAGAAAUACAAAUAUUCCAGGAAUUCCUGUUCCCAAAUAUGA